UCCGCCCGGUCCCUCCCCUCCUUUUAGGCGCCCUCGCUGCUGGGACAUCCCAGUCCCUCUUGCUCUUCCUGACCUGUCCCCCUGCGUCCAGUGCCCGCAGCCAGCCCGGUCUACCCACUCUUCACAGCCCACCCGCCGGCCCACCUCCCACUGCAGCCAUGGACGCCAUUAAGAAGAAGAUGCAGAUGCUGAAACUGGACAAGGAAAAUGCCAUCGACCGCGCAGAGCAGGCUGAAGCCGACAAGAAGCAAGCUGAGGACCGAUGCAAGCAGCUGGAAGAAGAACAGCAGGCCCUCCAGAAGAAGCUGAAGGGGACAGAGGAUGAGGUGGAAAAGUAUUCCGAGUCUGUGAAGGAUGCCCAGGAGAAACUGGAGCAGGCCGAGAAGAAGGCCACCGAUGCUGAAGCAGAUGUGGCCUCUCUGAACCGCCGCAUUCAGCUGGUAGAGGAGGAGUUGGAUCGGGCACAGGAGCGCCUGGCUACAGCCCUGCAAAAGCUGGAGGAGGCUGAGAAAGCAGCUGAUGAGAGCGAGAGAGGAAUGAAGGUCAUUGAAAACCGGGCCAUGAAAGAUGAGGAAAAGAUGGAGCUGCAGGAGAUGCAGCUGAAGGAAGCCAAGCACAUUGCUGAGGACUCAGACCGCAAAUACGAGGAGGUGGCCCGGAAGCUAGUGAUCCUGGAAGGCGAACUGGAGCGCUCAGAAGAGAGAGCAGAGGUGGCUGAGAGUAAAUGUGGGGACCUAGAGGAGGAGCUGAAAAUUGUUACCAACAACUUGAAAUCCCUGGAAGCCCAAGCGGACAAGUAUUCCACCAAAGAGGACAAAUACGAAGAAGAGAUCAAACUUCUGGAGGAGAAGCUGAAGGAGGCUGAGACCAGAGCAGAGUUUGCUGAACGAUCUGUGGCAAAGUUGGAGAAAACCAUCGAUGACCUGGAAGAUGAAGUCUAUGCACAGAAGAUGAAGUACAAGGCCAUCAGUGAAGAGCUGGACAACGCACUCAAUGACAUCACUUCCCUCUGAGUCCACAAUACCAUGGCCAUCACAGACCCCUUCUCUCUUCUCUUUCCCUUCUCUCUGAGGGGAGGUGCAGCCAAGGAGGAGCAUGAUUGGCAACUUCGAGUAGCCAGGCUGAGGGCAGCCUAGGGAGCAUGUGUAUCUCCACUCCUGCUACCCACUCUGGCACUGGCUUCAUCUUGCUGUCACCAUCCACUGACCUCUACCCCCUCUACCACUUAAUAAACUCUGAACUUGGUCUCCAUGCUGUUUUCCUACCUCCAGAGAGCUCCUCAUCACUGUCAAAGCACUGGUUUACUCCUGAGACCCUGGCUUUUCCUGACACCCUCAAUCUUGUGGCACUCAGCCCUCCCACAGAACACCGUGGCUCACACAGACUCUUCUGCAUGGCACUCCCAGCCUGUCACUUUCUGAUAAUCAGUGCAUGUGAAUAUAUGGGGAUCCAUCAAGCACAGCCUUACCCCCUCUCAGCAGCCCAUCACCAACCUUGGUGCACUUAACUGGGAUUCCAGGAAUGGCUAGAAGGGAAAUGGGUUGGUGAGGUCAGGAGAGGAGCCAGAAGAUCAGAAACUGUCCAGGGAAGGUCGUAAAAGUAUUGGAUCUCUCCAAGAGGGGCUUUCACAGCAGCUGCAGGUCUGUUUUCUGUCCCUGUCCUGUCUGUCUGACCCUCCCUUUCUUGGCUGGACCUUUGUCUUUCCUUCUGUUUCCAACUUCCCCAAACCUUUUAAAGGAAGGCAACCCAACCUGUUUAUGAUACAGACACCCCCGCUCCCCAUACCAUUGGCUCCAAGGCCUGGAGCAAGAUCUGUGUCUGGUCAGUCCACCCGUUUGCCCCUUCUGCAGGCCCCAGGUCCGUAGCCUAACAUGUCCCCUGGGCCAUAGAGUGUCUCCUAACAUGCGUUGUCACCUUUUCCUGUCGAAGGUUCCCUCCCUUAUGUCCUUCCUCCUGUUUACCCCACCUCACC